AUGGCGGUCAAUUUUACGGAGGAAAAUAUCAGGGAGCUGAGGUUUCGGCUGGAAGAUGCCGCGAUAAAAAGCUCGGAGCGUUGUCUGUACCAGUCAGCGAAGUGGGCUGCAGAGAUGCUGGACUCAUUAAUACCGCUUAAUGACUAUGACACGGACCCAGACUCGCCGAUGGAUAUUACGGAAACGCCGGCCGGUCCCCAGAACCCGUACCUCGCGGUGCAAGACCCGCUGGAAGCCUCGCUCGAGUCAAAAGAAGCCUACAAAUACCUCCUCGCGAAAUCGUACUUCGACACCCGCGAAUAUGACCGCUGUGCCGCUGUCUUCCUCCCUCCGACGAUAAGCCCGAUUUCUCUCUCGACCACCUCACCGAACCCGAAAUCCCGCCACUCUCUGACACCGCAGAAGGGGAAGACCAAGGCUCCCCAGUUUACGGCGGGCAAGGACGGCAGUGUGACAAGGAACCCAUACCCAAAGCUAAGCCAGAAGUCGCUCUUUCUUGCGCUGUAUGCGAAAUACUUGGCAGGGGAGAAACGAAAGGAUGAAGAGACUGAGAUGGUGCUCGGGCCAGCAGACGGUGGGAUGACCGUCAAUCGCGAACUCCCGGACCUUGCAAGAGGUUUGGACGGUUGGUUCACUGAGCGAGAUGAGCAAGGGUUGGCGGAUCGAGGCCAGGGCUGGUUGGAGUAUCUCUACGGAGUGAUUCUCCUCAAAGGACGGAACGAAGCGGAGGCAAAGAAAUGGCUGAUCCGCAGUGUGCAUUUGAAUCCAUUCCAUUGGGGUGCCUGGCAAGAAUUAAAUGACCUUCUCGCCAGUACAGAAGAUCUGAAACAAAUCGUCGACGACCUUCCCCAGAAUAUCAUGACUCUCAUCUUCCACGUCCAUUGCAGCCAGGAGCUGUACCAAGCGACUGAAGAUACAUACCAGUCCUUGUCCGAACUCGAGACCAUUUUCCCAACCAGUGCCUUUUUGAAAACACAGAAGGCGCUCUUAUACUACCACUCAAAGGAUUUUGAAGAGGCAUCGCAUAUAUUUACAGAUAUCUUGAUAUCCUCUCCUCACCGGCUGGACAGCCUCGAUCAUUACUCCAACAUCCUGUAUGUGAUGGGUGCCCGUCCGCAGCUCGCUUUUAUAGCCCAAGUAGCUACUGCCACCGAUAAAUUCCGCCCGGAAACUUGCUGUGUUGUGGGGAACUACUAUUCUCUCAAGUCGGAACAUGAAAAGGCCGUCAUGUACUUCCGCCGAGCGUUGACGUUAGAUCGCAAUUUCCUAUCCGCAUGGACUCUCAUGGGGCACGAAUACAUUGAAAUGAAAAACACACACGCCGCAAUCGAGUCCUACCGUCGCGCCGUCGACGUGAAUCGCAAAGAUUACCGGGCCUGGUAUGGAUUGGGGCAGGCCUACGAAGUCCUCGACAUGUCCUUCUAUGCCUUAUUCUACUACCAGCGCGCCGCAGCACUGCGGCCUUACGACCCGAAGAUGUGGCAGGCUGUCGGCUCGUGCUACGCAAAGAUGGGCCGGAUUGAACAGAGCAUCAAGGCUCUCAAACGCGCCUUGGUGGCCGGAUCUUACUAUGCCGAAGACGCCUCGCAGAUCGGCGGGGCAGGCCGUAAGAUCCUCGAUCCCGAGACACUCCACCAGAUCGCUACGCUUUACGAACGCCUGGGCGAUGAAGAGGAAGCUGCCGCCUACAUGGAGCUCACACUGCAGCAGGAGACCGGCCAUGUCGCCCCGGAGGACGACUAUACCUCGUCCGACAACGAGAACGACGACGAGCAGUCGAACGCAGGCACCGAGACCAAGGGUCGCUCCCGACGUGGCCAGCAAUCGUUCGGGACCUCGAACGAGGAAGAGGAAGAGCCCAUGUACGGUACUGGCGUGACGGCAACGACAUCCAAGGCGCGUCUGUGGCUUGCCCGAUGGGCUCUGCGCCAUGGGGACCUAGAACGUGCGGACCAACUGGCUGGCGAGUUAUGCCAAGACGGUGUCGAGGUAGAAGAGGCCAAGGCGUUGAUGAGAGAUGUUCGAGCCCGACGAGAGGGGGGUUAG